GUCAAGGGCACCUCCAGCCUUUCAUUUUGGUUUUAUUAAUUUUUUUAAGUAGUAAAGCAGAGAGCGAGUGUCUUUCCUAAGCCCUAUUUGGCAUCUUGUCUUUCAAGGGGCCCAGGUACCCGUUUUCCCCUUCUUACAUGGAGGGGCAUUCUCGAGCUUUGCUGGAAACCCCGGGCUCCCGCCUUGCAGCUCUGUUUGUUUUGGACUUUUAUCAAGGAGGGGGGCGGGGUGGAAAGUUCUACGUGGGAGCAGAGAUGUCAAGCACAGCCCCCUGGCCUUUCUCCCAGCCAAACAGCUCCGAUAAGUGGGCAGGCCUUGAGCCCGGAGACCCACAGACACACUUGGAUGACUUUACAGAAAUCAGUUGGCCAGUCCCUCCAAGGGCUCUGACCAGCUCUGGAUGCGCCUCCCCGCCCAGCGCCAAAGACAUGGCCAACCAGACCAACAUCUCCACCCCGUACAACAGCUACGAAUACUACCUGGACUACUUGGACCUCAUUCCCGUGGAUGAGAGGAAGCUGAAAGCCAACAAAUAUUUGAUUGUCAUCACCUUCUGGGCGAGCCUGGCAUUCUUCGUCAUGCUUCUCUUCCUCAUCCUGCUCUACAUGUCCUGGUCAGGCUCCUCACAGGCGAGGUGAGUACAGAGGGUGCCGACGCAGGUAAGUCCCGGGGCUAACGAGCCAGUGACUGCAGGCCACGCCGUGGAAUAUUACUCGGUCACAAAAAGGAAUGGAUCCCCGCUCCAACACGGAUGCACUUCCAAGACACUGUGCCAAGUGAAAAAAGCUAGACACAAAAGGCCCCCGUGUUGGGGGAUUCCAUGGAUAUGGAACAUCUAGAAUAAAUAAAACUCUAUAGAGACGGAAAGCAGAUUAGUGCUUGCUAAUGGGGC